AAAAAGAGCAGGACCCUGAGAAAGGUUAGGCUGCAGUCUCCCUGCCCAUAACACAGGGUGUGGAGGACAUCUCAGCAGCCGCCCCACCAUGGCUACCUGGGCCCUCCUGCUCCUUGCUGCCAUGCUCCUGGGCAACCCAGGUCUGGUCGUCUCUCGUCUGAGCCCUGAGUACUAUGACCUGGCGACAGCCCACCUGGGUGACAAGGAGCAAUCCUCCCCAUGCCUGGCCCAGGAGGGCCCCCAGGGUGAUCUGUUCACCAAAACACAGAUGCUGGGCUUCCGCUGCAAGACCUGUCUGAGGAUGAUCCAGACACUGAAGGACAUGGUGAAGGAGCCCACCAAGGAAGACAUUUCCGAUGCUGCGACCCGGCUGUGCAGGAAGAUGAAGUCACGAGGGCGUGACUUCUGCCUAAAGACCAUAAGGAGGUACCUGCCUAGACUUAUCCAGGACAUCAUAGGCAGAAAAACUGCCCAGAAGAUCUGCGUGGACAUCAGGAUGUGCAAACCUUCUAUGGGUCCUCUCUGAGCCCUCUCGCCCUGUCCUGUGGAAGAAGCACAGACUCCUGUCCUCAGAUCCCGGGAACCCCAGCAGACGCUGCUGGCUCCUCCCUUCCUCGGUUCAGAAUCCCUCUCCAGUCUCCCUCUCCGGACUCCCUCUGCUGCCCUCCCCUCUCAGGAGAAUAAAAUGUCAAGCAAGAUGUUA